CGAGUUCAGUCAGCCAUCAGCUACGAUUGACGUACAAUCAUCGCACACAUUGCUCCAUCCAGUUACCACGAUCGAAAAUUAACACCCGUGGUGAUUGCGAGCGAUAAUGAACGUCGAGGACAUCCGGUCGAAUUCCUUGAAUUCCAAGCAUAAGAAUCGAAUUGUAUCGCGUCGUCGACGAGUUGCUUGUUAAGAUCGAACAAUUUGCAAAUCAAUUUUUUUUUCACAAAAUUUGAUAAUUACUCCUGUACUUUAAAUUCGAUGCUUGCCGCAAUUCGUUUUCAUGUUAUUCGGUCCUGAAUAAAAUGCAGAAUACAACGUCGAGAUGGACAGUGCGAGGAGGAACCUGGUCGAAAAGAGGGUAAACUUUUCGAAGAUCGUGAGAAUAACGUACGAGGAGGACCAAAGCUAUCCGAUCUUGAGGAAAUAUGCAGCGACCGAGAAGAGAAGAGUCCGGAGAACAGACGAGGCGGUUGCCGAUCGUGAAAGAAAUCCUUCGAAGUCGCCCCGUGCCCGGCGUAUGAAAUCAGGUCAGAUGAUCGACGUACGUUUUCCGUCUAGUUCCCGCGUGGUCUACGGAAUUCAACAUGGCGGCUGGUUGAACCAGCGUCGACGCCGUGGUCGCGAUUGGUUCAGGCACGGUGCGCGAUGCAUCUCCCGUAUUUCAAAUCGAACGUCUGGCGACCUAGUGCGGAGAGGACGAUGGGAAUCCUCUCGUAAACAAGGCCGACGCGAUGAGAACGGUUACACGGUGCUGAGACGUCGGCAACAGUCGAAACAGCUGUCGCGAGGCGGACAGGGGCCCGAGCGGGAGCAGCCGAUCGUCGGCGCGGAGGAAUCGUCGUGGAAACGGAACGUCUCGGUCUCGGUCUCGAGCGGCGGCGGUCAGAUCUCGCGGAAACGGCGUGUCGGUAUCGUGGAGAAUCAGUAUCAGUACGUCGCCGAAAGCGAGGGUGGUUCGUCGGUAUGCGAGCUGGUGCACAGUCUCGAGCGGCUGUUCGGUGAUCGAGAAGCCGGCGAGGAAGCCGGCCACGCGAUGAGGUCGAAGAAGCAACAGGUUCACGAAGAAGAGUCACCGAUCGUUGAUCCGAUCGAGGCGAACGAGACCUACGACGAGUUCGACACAAUCAGAAUGCCGGUGGUCAGGUCGCUCAGCAAGAGCCCGCAAAGCGACGAGGGGAUCGAGGCCGAUCCUGAACGGAGGAGGGGAUCCGUCGCCCGAUGCUGGAGCCUCGAUUCAGCCGCGGCCAGCGACGAGGACCUAGCCUCAUUGACCACCACGCACCAGCUAAAACGACACAAACUACGGGUCACUAGAUGCUGCAGCUCGGACAGCGCGGUCUUGAGCGACGAAGAUCAAAUCAAAGGGUGGGACAGCACGAAUGCAGUCGAGGGAAGUGAAGUUGAGCACAAUGAAGGGAGGCCCAGAUAUUGGAGAACACCGAGUGUGGUUGUCAGUGACUACUCAGAUUACUCUUAUUUUGACGAAAAGCUGGAAAGAAAUGACCUAGAGCUCGAGAAAUACGAAGGAACCAGUGGCACACCUAGUCAAGCGAGCAGCUGUUCCUGCUUAGACUGCGAUGAGAUUCGAGAGUCCUUAGAUAAUCAAUUCCUAAGUGUUUGUCGCAGUAGGAGGCAUUCAGACUCCAGUUGUCUGUGUCUUGAUUCUAUGAAUGUUACUGCUACAAGGAACUACAAUGAACCUGGAAACAGACGGAAUUCCUGUCUAGAUUCAACAAACUCCUAUUAUUCAAAGCUGGACUCUCAGCUGCUGCAAUAUACUCAAGAAAACUCUCAAGAACUGCAGGAAAAAGCGAAGAUCGAGUUCUUGGAUAUUCCUCCUUCGAGAAAAAUCUCUGAUUGCUCGACGACGUCCAGUCUCAGUGGCGACGAAUCCGACGUGACCGAUCAGCCGCCACCGAAGCCUAGAUCUUCCGGAUGGAGGAAGCUUAGGAAUAUCGUUCACUGGACACCGUUCUUUCAGACGUACAAGAGACAGAGAUAUCCGUGGGUGCAAUUAACAGGACACCAAGGGAACUUCCGAGCAGGGCCUACGCCUGGAACGAUUCUGAAGAAACUCUGUCCCCAGGAGGAAGCCUGCUUCCGGUUGCUGAUGAACGACGUGCUGAGGCCGUAUGUGCCGGAGUUCGAAGGUGUUCUGGACCUGAAGGAGGCGGAGGAAGGAAACGCAGACGAGGCUGAAACAGGGGAGGCUGAUCAGAAGGACAGCGUUAACAAGAGAACUGUGCUGUGCUCUUACUUGCAGCUUCAGGAUCUUUUGGGAGACUUCGAGCAUCCCUGUGUGAUGGACUGCAAAGUUGGCGUUAGGACCUAUCUCGAAUCCGAGCUCGCGAAAGCCAAGGAAAGACCUAAGUUAAGGAAAGACAUGUACGAGAAGAUGGUACAGGUGGAUCCGACCGCGCCGAGCGCCGAAGAACGCCGAGUGCAAGGUGUCACUAAACCGAGGUACAUGGUCUGGCGAGAGACUAUAUCGAGCACAGCGACGCUCGGCUUUCGUGUAGAAGGCAUCAAGCUUGCCCACGGUGGUUCGUCUAAGGACUUCAAAACAACCAGGACGCGGGAACAGGUGACGGAAGCAUUGAGGCGGUUUGUCGAGGGCUACCCCCAUGCAGUAGCUAAGUACAUCCUGCGAUUGAAAGCGAUAAGGGCGACGCUGAAGGCGUCUCCGUUUUUCGCAUCACACGAGGUCGUUGGAUCCAGCUUACUGUUCGUUCAUGACGCUAAAAACGCUGGAAUUUGGAUGAUCGACUUUGCGAAAACGUUGCCCCUUCCUCAACAUCUGCCACGCAUCCGCCACGACGCGGAAUGGCAGGUGGGGAACCACGAGGACGGCUACUUGAUAGGCGUGAACAAUUUAAUAGAUAUAUUCCAAGAUAUACGGAACUCUGAACAGACAUAGUUGUUGGUCAAAGUGCUCGAGAAGCGCACAAUGAGAACGCAACGAACGCGGACGUUGUUGUGCGUCGCUUCUUCCCAAGUCUUGUACAUACAUAGAUACAUAUUUCGUAUUUUGUAGAACGUUCACGGUAAUCCUCGCGAGAAACUGACCAAAGACGCGGCGGCCAUUUGCCGCCUAGGUAUUCACAAUAACAUAGACCGCAGAGAAAGCCUUUGUAAAAAUAAUUUAAUCUUCUACGGUAAUUACGUAAGGUUUAUUUAUACGUUACAAUACGACGCCGCAAAAUCUUCUUGAUACAAGAGAGAAAGUGUACGUUGCGUGUGUCUGCCUGCCUGCGGGUAUGUUUGUGUGUCUGCAUGUGUAAGUGAGUAUGAUAAAGAACGAAAGGUGUUUUUGUAUUUAAAAAUCGUACCAUACAUUUGUAAAUAAUCCGUCACUUAAUAGAAAACAAGGUCAAUGA